UCAGGGACCGUCGUGUCCGGUCUGACCGCUGCUGCUGUGCGGAAAUUAAAAUGUCUAACGCAGGUAUUGAUAAAUCAUCACCAGUGUUAAAGGCCUGGAUCGCCCUGCGGCGGCUUGACAAAAAUGAUGACAGAGUGGUGGCUCUUCGAGAAGUAUCCAUUCCUCCAGUGGCUGAUGUCACCGUGAUCACACAGAUCAUCACUACUAACUUUGGGCUGAACUCUUCCGAUGUAAUUUUCAAGAUCAGGAACCACCAUGGCUGUCUGAUCCCUCUGAACAGCUCUAUCCCUGCUAACAGCAAGCACAUGCCUUACGUGCUUGAGGUAGCCAAGACCUUUCAGCAUGUGCGUCCCAAGCCCAGAACCAUUCCCAUGACUGUGAUCAACAAGAGCAUGAAGACCAGGCUACAGACUAUUGACAGGAGGAUUCAGAGACUGGAGGACCUUCUGCCUCAGAUCAAACUCAGGCACAAUGAAAAACUUGGCCAGGAGAUUGAAUGUCUCAACCAGAAGCUGAGGUUUCUUCAAAAGAGGAUGCAGGUUGCAGAGUCUCACAACUGGAAGGGGGUGCUGACCAGAGCCCCCCUGUGGUGAACCAACACCAAUAUUUCCAGCUGUUUUAGAAGACAACACAAGCUUCAAUCUUUGGGACUAUGGUUACACUCAUUCACUGCAGAUAUGAUCAUAUGGAUCAUGGAUUAUGAUGUGGAUGACCCUUGUACCUUGUUUACAUUUUAAUAAAGCGUGUCCGACCACAUGA